UGCUGCGAGCUUAAAGAAGGCAAAGCUUUGUUCGGUAACGGAUGAACGCUAUUUAUACAGGCCGAAAGUAAUCCAAAAAGUGCAUAUACAAAUUUAAUAUAAACGAAGACGUUUGUAAAACUAAAAGUGUCCAGUUUUAAGUUUUUCAACGCAGCAACUAAAAAAAGAAAAAUGUUAAAAGAAACUAUUUCAAUAAUGAUUCUAAGUGUGAUGUUCUACGGUAUUCGAUGUCAAGACUCGGAAUUUUGUAAUGCAGAAUUACUACAUAGAAGUAAUUCAACGACUGUCGAUUGCCUUUAUGGGAAUAUGAAGGUAGAUUGCAAGGAUAUAAAACCUCGUACGGAAGUGAUGGUCAUGUGUGCCGAUAGUUACCAAAUGCCGGACAGCUUAAGUCGAAAUGGCGUCUAUUAUAUGGGGUGUACAGACGACUCUAACUGGAACAGGAAAAAGAUCAAUUGUGAGCCUAUUUGUGGGGAAAGUGAAAUUGAGCCUACAGCCUCCAAUGCUCCAUGGUUUGUUCGUAUCAUAGCUCAAUCGUACGAUGUAUGUGGAGGCACCAUAAUUUCACCAAAUCUUGUGAUAACGGCAUAUCAUUGUCUCCUUGAUGAAAGUAGUGAAGCUCUUGAAGCUAAGUCUAUUCAAGUAAUGGCCGCUAAAGAGUUUGCAAACAACAGCAUUAAUAUAAUUACUAUAAAGGUGGAUCGAAUAUAUCCUAAUAGAUCUAGCGAUGUUGCCCUGCUUAAAUUAGCCAAACCAUUUACUUUGAAUAAAAACAUCAGACCAAUAUGUGUUCCGUGGGAUUUUGCUUAUAGUAGUGGUUUUGUGAAUAAGUGGCCAGUAAUAAGAGAAUAUGAUGGUGUUACAAAAUUUAGCGAAACCAGGGUCAUUGUCUCCCAAUGCAAUGCCAAUUUGACAGACGACCAAUUUUGUGUACGCCCAACCCUUAGGCGGGGGCAGCUUUGUCAAGGUGACAGUGGUGCCGGAGUAAUUACUAAAUACAGGGGUAAACACUAUUUAGUGGGCGUUAUCAGUUAUAAGCCCAAUCUUUCUUUCACCUGCACAAGAGAAUCCGUGGUUGCCGUUAGUUUCACGAAGAUAAAAAAAAUGUUUGAAUGGGUGAUUGAUAGCGAAAAGGAAAAAAAAUUCUAUGUUUAUUAAUGCUUUUUAAAAUAUAAGUAUUUUUAAUGUGAGUAAUUGAAAAUCAUGAUGUUAAAUAAUUAUUAAACUAUAGAUUGUAACUGGAAAAUGUUACUAC